AUGGAGAACAUGGGUGAGGAGGAGGUCCCGCGUGCUUCCUGUGAUAACACUAAUGCAAAACCGAAGAGUAAAAUGACCAUGGCACAGAGGAAUAGAAAACGAUGGCGUGAUAGAAAACGGGCUAAGGCAGCACAACAGAACGAUGGAGUGAAAAGGGCACGGCUUUCCGGCGAAGGAUCAGAGGGGUCAGCUGCACAGCAGCGCGGCCCACCAUUGAAAACUCAUCUAGUGGCAUUGGGGUAUAGCGGUGAAGGGCUGAAGGGGAUGCAGAUACAGACUAAUGAAAAGGGAGAGGAGAUUCAUUCUACCAUCGAAGGUAUCUUCCAGAAGGCGUUGCUGGCUACCAAUUUGAGCACGGAGGAGAUACUGGCCGAUAAGAAGAAGCUGAAGUUCAGUAGAGCAGCCCGAACUGAUAAGGGAGUGCAUGCUGCAUUGAACAUCCUUGCCCUGGCAUUGCCUGUUACCUUGGAUAAGACCCUCCCACAGGGGGAGGGAGAUGCGACUCGCAAUGUAUGGACGUUCGAUGAGAAGAAGAAUGUGAAGGCAUUGAAUGAUUUCCUUGAGCCUUUGAAUAUGCAGGUAUUUGGCAUCCAACGCGUAUCAAACAAGUUCGAUGCCCGUAAACAAUGUGAACGGAGGAGAUAUGAAUACCUACUGCCGGAGUUUGCCUUGGAUGGGAAGGCUGAUGCAGCCAAGUUGGAAGAGGUGAUGUCACAGUAUGUUGGGAAGAAUAAGAACUUCUUUAACUUCACCGCCAAAAUACCAGCAGAGGAUCCCUCGGCCAAACGUCAUAUAAUAUCAAUAACUUGCCAGCCUACUGAGAUCGAUGCCAAUACCUUCAUUCGGAUACAACUUGUUGGACAGAGCUUCCUAUUGCAUCAAAUACGGAAGAUGAUAGGUCUUGCCGUAGAGGUGUGUCGUGGUAGUGCCCCUGAGGGGGCCAUCGAGGAGUGUCUAGCGGCCAAGGAGAGGAAGCACAUCCACUUAGCCCCUGCAGAGGGACUAUUCCUGGAUAGAGUAUAUUUCGAUUGCUAUAAUACGGGCAAAACUAAUGGGGUGGAUACGGUCCCCAUCGAGCCUCAAGUUUGGGAGGAGGACAUCGAAGACUUCAAACGUCGUGUGCUGUAUCCGAUAGUGUCGAAGAGUGUGGUACCCAAGACUCGAGAAUGGAUAGUCGAGAAUCUCGCUGUGAAUCCAUUCACGCUCGUCAAUAGCCCAGGUUACGUUUUUGCUAGCAAGGAUAAGAGCGUUACAUCUACAGAGCAGGAGACUUGCUCUACUUAG